AUGAAGAGUUCUAAAAAAAAGGAAAACAAAUUUGAUAAAAAUAGGUCAGGACUGCCUGAGCCAAUGGAGAAUGGAAAGAAACCAUUUGACAAGAAGACAUACAGAUUGAAGAAAUACAGCAAAAAGUAUAAGCUUGAGCAGUGGGAGGAGCAAAGAAAAAAGAGGUUGCUCCAAGAGUAUGAAAAGACUGUAAAAAAUGAUCCAAUGGUUGGUACAUAUAAACCUAAAACAUUUGAUCAAGAUGUUCCUGACUCAACCAAUGUUGGUAGAUUUGUUAAACAUCCAGAUGUACUUGAAAAUGAACUUGCAAAAACUAAAAAACAUCCCUUUACUAAAGCAAAAGAGCAAUUUAACAAGGUGAAAGAGGAAAAAUUGAAAAAGCAACAAGAAAAAGAAAAGUCUAGACAGGAAAAAAUGCAGAAAUUGCAGGAAUAUAAAAAAAAGAAGCAGGAUAGAUUUAAGAAAUUAAGCAAAAAAAAUAAAAAAGGACAGCCGGUUAUGUCAGGCCGCAUGGAGUUAUUACUGGAGAAAAUAAAAAGUGCUAAUUAA